GUCAACGUCACUUUGCUGUCAAUGUCAAUGUUUAUGUAAUUCAUUUUAUCUUAAUUCUUUCUGGAAAAAGCAAGAAGGAAUUUAAAUAUUUCCAUUUAAAAUGUCUGCACUACCAGCUCCAGUUCGUGUUUCUCCACUAAUUAAGUUCGGAAGAUGGAGCUUCUUAGGCUUAGGUGUAUUGUACGGAGCCUUCCACCAAAACAGGCUCUCGAAGAAAGAGGCUGCCAUUAGGGAGGUCGAGGCCAAAUUAAAAGUGGAACGUGACGCGAAACUAGCCAUAGAGAAGAAAGCUGCGGCCGAAAAAGAAAUGGCGGAACUCGAAGCAUUGGCCCGAUAAUUAUUAAGUUUAAAAUUUUGUCGAGGAAUUUAGUGUAAUACAGUGGAUAUUUUUUUGUUUUUCAAACAGUUUUUUUAAAUCAACAAUAAAUAUGUAUUAGUUGAUAUUGUAUACAUCAAUAGUAGUGUUAAUAUGAACAUUUUUGUUUAAUUUAUUAGAAGGUUCGGGGAAUUUAAGUAUAUUAAUUAGUACACGAAAGAUACCUGAGGAAGAAAUGACACAAAAGUGUAAUUAUAAAUGAAGCUUUA